GUCUAUUAUCACGAAUGUUGAGAUUAGAUACAAGUAUACAGUACGUACGUAUCACCGUUAGAUUCGUCACACGAAAUGAACACGCUAGUUUCAUUCUUAAGUCCCUCAUUUACAAGGGCGAUGAGGUUGCUGCUUCCCUAGCCCAAGGCCACUUCCCUACGUUGGGAUACAAGGGAGUGAAAAGAAAGGUCCUCCUUCUUUUCGGAGUAAACGUUGGCAGUUUAUAGAUAUAGAUGUGCACAAUUCUUCAAGAAAAAUAUCUAAAACACGCAAUUCUGCGAAGUGGUGCGGAACAGCAUAGUAUAAAAGGAUGGACCAGGUUUCUACAACCCCUAACCUUAACCUGCUCAGCAUAGAAACAGUGCCAGUGACAGUGAUGGAGUACACACUCUUGCAGAACCAAUGGCAGACAAAGAAGUUAAAUGGUCUGUGGAGGGUGUACAUGGAGGGCGCCCCGAGUGGAUGGGCAUCAUGGAUCACGCCUCCACUAUCAUCCUCACGUGCAAUACAAUCACGCUUAUGAUGGGUAUGGGGGCUGCUACCUACUGGAGGGAGAUGUGGUAUCACCUGAAAAGACCGUGGAGUUGCAUUAUCGGGUUGGGUUGCCAGUUCAUCAUACUACCAGCCUUGGGUCUCGGACUGUGUAUUUGUCUCCAGUUGCCCCCAUACCAGUCCUUAGGCGUGUUAAUCCUCACAUGCAGCCCAGGAGGCGCCUUCUCUAACUUCUUCACUUACUGGGCAGAUGGUGACCUCGCUCUUAGUAUCAUGAUGACUGCAAUUUCCUCUAUGGUGGCAUUCGGUGCGAUGCCACUUAAUCUGUGGCUAUACACGCAACCCUGGACGGACCAAGAGUUGCGUGUACCGUACAUGAACGUUCUUCUAAGUCUAGCGUUUGUCACGACACCUGCUGUCGUUGGAAUGGUCGUCAGGCACUACAAUAGAAAGUGGGCCAAUUAUAUUUCUAAGGUGUGUGGUCUCCUUGGGUGGAUGGGCGCCAUAACAUGCGGUGUGAUGCUCAUCCUCAUAUACUGGGAUAUCAUCAUUAACACUUCUGUCUUCCUUGCGAUCGCAGCAGCGGUUGUACCCUUUGCUGGAUUCAUCAUCGCGUAUUCCAUCGCCAAAGUCGUAUGCUUUAAUCACAAAGUGUGUCGUACUGUCGCCAUUGAGACUUCAUGCCAAAACAUUGUGGUAGCUACGAAUGUUAUGCUGCUCUCCUUCCCUUCGCCUGAGAUCCGUGGACAGCUCGUGAUCUUCCCUGUACUGUACGGCCUCUGUCAGCUAGCGCAGAUGCUGACAGGGAUUGCCAUUUUCCAGGUGUGGGUGUUCAUGCAUCGACAUGAUGUCACUGAAGAGGCUAUCACAUCAGUGGUAGACAAUACGGUUCUCACCAGCAUACCCGUCCCUGCCCAUAAAAUAUCUCAAGUCAGAGAUCCGUAUAAGACAAGCAGUGACCUCUGUCGCAGGAAGCAGCAAGAUCAAAAACCUCCAAUGCAAUAUGAAUAUAAUAAAAAUUCAUGUAAUGGAUAUCACGAUGAAGACAUAGCAUUUUUAGAGCCUGAGUCCAUGGCUGAUUCCGGAAUGUGGACGACCACUCACGAUGUGCUGAAUUCGAAAAUGUCUUCUCCCGCACAUUGCCAGUCGUCAAGCAACUAUAAGAACACAAACAAGUCGUCGUGGACAAUACCUUCCUGGUAUAGUCCUCGUAACCUUUAUCAAGACUCUUUGCCUAGUCCGCAAAUCUUUACCUUCUCGCCAGAGCCGUCGACCAAACCACGUUUUCAGAAUUACCAGAACUUCCUUGACGAGGAAGUAUUUAGUGAAGAUACUGAUCUCCCGAAUAGCCCUACACUUAGUAACAAGGGAGUACCCAACAUGUUCCCUGUUAUAGAAACGGACUUCUUAGCUGAACGAAGGGUAGAAAGUGAGGAGUCCCAAACCAUUUACAAACAUUCCAAUCUAUCAUGUAGAAACACAGUGCAAAAAGUCCAUACAUUGGAAAAAACAAGUGAAGAUUUGGUGACAUCUAAAUCAAGGAAUUCUCCUAAAUCUCCGAGGAGUCUUUCAUCGCCAAGCUUAUCACGUACUUUUGCGUUUUAUCAUGGUGAUGUCCAAAUAGGACAAACCCAACAGUUUAGCACAUUCGGAAGGAAAACAUGAAUGUUGUAUGAGUGUCGAAGGGAUACACUCGUCUUUUUAUGUAACUUUCUUAAUAAUAGAUAUCUACAGUACGUUCCUUUAGAUUGUUUCUCUUUAUUUUAUUCUGUAAUGUAUUGUCAGGUAUACUCAGUGUUUCAUCAAUAAAUUUCGAUCAAUA